AUGUCAGAGGCCUUCACCAACCAUGUCGAAUGGUGCUCAUCAAUGAUAAAAUCAGUGGCCUCCAAACCCGAAAAAUACGAUGAUACUAAAGAUGAGGAGAGGCUAAUUUAUAGCUACCAGACAGCUUUUCAUGGCAUGGCUGUUCGGCUUAGUGAAGAAGAAGUGGAAAGAAUAGAGGAACAGCAUGGUGUGAUAGCCGUAUUACCUGAGACUAUAUACCAACUACACACCACAAGGAGUCCCAUGUUCCUGGGGCUUGAAAAUGAAGAUAGCACAAGUUCAUGGUCUGAUAGACAAUCUGACCACGAUGUCAUAGUGGGUGUGCUUGACACCGGAAUAUGGCCAGAAAGCCAGAGCUUCAACGACACCGGCAUGACACCAAUUCCAGCUCACUGGAAAGGCACAUGUGAGACAGGACGUGCUUUUGCUAAGCAUCAUUGUAACAAAAAAAUUGUGGGUGCUAGAGUCUUCUAUCGUGGUUAUGAGGCUGGUUCGGGUAAGAUAAACGAGCACGAGGAGUAUAAAUCGCCACGAGACCAGGACGGCCAUGGUACUCACACUGCAGCAACCGUUGCUGGCUCUCCGGUUCGUGGUGCAAAUCUUUUGGGUUAUGCUUAUGGUACAGCCAGAGGUAUGGCCCCUAGCGCAAGAAUUGCAGCUUAUAAAGUCUGCUGGGUUGGUGGCUGCUUCAGUUCAGAUAUCCUUUCUGCUGUUGAUCGAGCUGUGGCCGAUGGAGUGAAUGUUUUAUCCAUCUCUCUAGGCGGUGGAGUUUCACCUUACCAUCGUGACAGUGUAUCAAUAGCGGCUUUUGGAGCGAUGGAGAAGGGAAUAUUUAUUUCUUGCUCGGCAGGAAAUGGCGGUCCGGACCCAGUUAGCCUCACUAAUGUAUCACCAUGGAUCGCCACAGUUGGAGCUAGCACAAUGGAUAGAGAUUUUCCAGCUACUGUUAAGCUUGGAACUGGUGAAACAGUGAAGGGAGUUUCACUCUAUAAAGGCCGGAGAAACUUGUUGAGAGGAAAGCAGUACCCACUAAUUUAUACAGGGAGUAAUUCAAGCAAUCCUGAUCCAAGCUCAUUGUGUUUAGAGGGGACAUUAAAUCGCCGAGCUGUUGCCGGAAAGAUUGUGAUAUGUGACCGUGGCAUUAGUCCUCGGGUUCAGAAGGGACAGGUGGUGAAAGAUGCGGGUGGGUUAGGCAUGAUCUUAUCGAACACUGAUGCCAAUGGAGAGGAGUUGGUUGCGGACAGUCAUCUUCUUCCAGCACUCACAGUCGGUGAAAAGGAAGGGCAAGCAAUAAAGCAAUACGCCUUAAUGAAUCGAAAUGCAACCGCAACUCUAGCAUUUCUUGGGACAAAAUUGGGGAUAAGGCCUUCUCCUGUGGUGGCAGCGUUUUCGUCCAGAGGUCCUAAUUUCUUGUCAUUUGAGAUUCUAAAGCCUGAUGUGGUAGCACCAGGAGUCAACAUUCUUGCGGCUUGGACCGGUGAUUUGGGUCCUUCCAGUCUGUCGAACGAUCAUCGGAGAACAAUGUUCAAUAUAUUGUCUGGAACUUCCAUGUCGUGCCCACAUGUUAGUGGCAUUGCUGCAUUGCUUAAGGCCAGGCACCCAGAAUGGAGUCCCGCUGCAAUAAAAUCUGCAUUGAUGACAACAGCCUAUGUUCAUGAUAAUACCCAUAACCCUCUGAUAGAUGCCUCAACAGGGGCACCAUCUUCUCCGUAUGACCAUGGUGCAGGACACAUAAAUCCAUUGAAAUCUCUUGACCCUGGUUUAAUUUAUGACAUCGGGGCACAGGAUUACUUUGAAUUUUUGUGCACCCAAGGUCUAACCUCCUCACAGCUGACUGUUUUUGCUAAGUUCUCCGGCAGGUCAUGCCGACACUCCCUUGCCAAUGCUGGUGAUUUGAACUACCCAGCUAUCUCGGCUGUGUUUCCAGAGAACACAAAGAUAACUGUGGUGACUCUCCAUAGAACAGUCACCAAUGUUGGCCCUCCAGUUUCAAGAUACCAUGUAGCAGUUACAGCGUUUAAAGGUGCUCUCGUUCAGGUUGAGCCAGCAACCCUGAAUUUCACCAGCAGACACCAGAAACUAUCUUACAAGGUUACAUUCACGACGAAAUCUCGGCAAACACUACCUGAGUCUGGAGGUUUGCUAUGGAAAGAUGGGAUACACAAGGUAAGAAGCCCAAUAGUAAUUACAUGGUUGACACCAAUAUAA